AUGGAGUAAUUAAGGCCUGCCUCAGAGUGAGAGAGCACUCACUGCCCAGCUGUGCAAGGGAAAGCUGACACCACCACCACUACCACCACCACCAGCAAGCAUGAAGCUAUUGGGGUUUGCCUUUUUCCUAACUGUAUGCUGUGUUUGCACUUUGGGAGAAAAUGGUACUACAGGCACUACCACCACGGCAUCCUCUACCAUAUUAGCAUCAGUAUUGGAAGCUGUGAACGCGUCCGCUUCACGAGUGACAACGUUGCAAUCACCAGUCCUGACAACAGCUGCAAGAGAAGCUAGAAAUGAAUCCACCACAAGCAACUCAACCCUUUCUUCAACUAAUGCUACACAACAAACAACACAAGGUACAACAACACAACCACCAGUAAAAACAUCCCCUGCAGCAGAAGAUAAAAGUAACAGCACAACAAACACUACACAAGCAAAUGAAACACAAUCAGCAGAAAAUGGGACUUUGGGUGCUUCAUCUACUAAGGGACCCUCCUUGCCUCCUACAACUGCUCUACAAAAAGCAACUUUUGCUCCUGCAACCUCAAGCUUUCCUGUGAGCUCCACAGCAAAACCGACAAGUUUUGGCAGUCCUACAAGCAGUUCUGGAGACAAGAAACUGCCAGAGGAUACCAUCCAUUAUUCUAGUGUUAUCUUGCCAAUUGUGAUCACCUUGAUAGUAAUUACCCUUUCCGUCUUCUCUCUGGUGGCCUUGUACAGAAUGUGCCAGAAGAAAACACCAGAGAGACAAGAGAAUGGAACUGAACAGGCCCAGUCAGAUAAAGAGGGCGUGAAACUUCUUUCUGUAAAGACAACUUCUGCUGAGACUGGAGAGCACUCAUCUCAGGGGAAGAAUAAAACUCGACAACGUGAUGAUUCUUCUUCACACAUCAGCAAUAAAUACAUGUGAAGCAGCCGGUUUUAUCACUGUGCAAGAACUUCCCAGCAAAGCCGCAGUUUCACAGGAAAUGUGGAGCAGCUGAAGCUUCUAACCAGACAGGACACUUGUGUUAAUGACCAGCUCUUAACUUCCAAACCUUAAGUGCCUCCUGUUCCUUCUGGAAUGACAUGUGCUUUUUUGAUGGCUUAAUAACUGGUGUAUCUUAUAUAUUUAUUAUUUCCACAUAUACUAAAAGCAGGAAAACCUUCAAGAAUGAUGAAGAUAAUGUAAAAAACAGGUGAAGUUUGGCUAGUAAUUAUUAAAAAUGUUUUCUACAUAUACAGGAGGUAAUACAUUAACAUACUUUCUUGAACUUUUGGUAGAUAGGGUUCUUUUAAUUGUAUGUAGCAAAAUGCAAACAGGGCCUGACCCUUGAAAUAGUACUGGGCAAAUUGCCACUACAAAAAUGAAUUCAGUGAUUUCCAUGAGACUCCUCACU